AUGAAAAGACCCGUCCUAGUGGCGUUAAAUUCUUUCUGCUACCCCGUAAAGAAUGUGACUGAGAAGAAUAAGUCUUGUUUUAGGAAAACAUUGGUAAUAUUUUAAAGUGAUUACAUUUUCCUUUCAGAUGUCUACAAAAUCUAGCGUCGAAGCAGGAUAGCGCCAGUUGAAAUGCGCCCGAGGCAAGAUUGCAACACGCAGGCGGGUGGGUAGUAUAGGAGGAUGUGGGUGCGGGCAGCACGCGCGCUGCGAGCACUGCGGCGUGCGCUGCUGCUGCUGCCACUGGCGCUGAUGGCCGCCGCGCUCAUACUGCUGCCGCGCCCACAGCCUGUCCCACCGCCUAUACGCGCCCCUUCAUCAGUUGCACCACGUAUAGAUCUACCAGCCCACCAGAUAGAGAAUGCGAUUACUGAAAAUAAUGAUGUAUUCAUACGUGACCUCGAUGACGUAUCCCAAAGGCCAUGGUAUAUGCGUGGUGGUGAACAACGCCCUAAUGAACAUGAUCCACAUGCAAGCUUAUUCCCAGAAGACGCACCAGGUGACGACAGAAUAAUUCAGCAGUUGAUGUACAUAUUGCCAAAAGACGAGAAUCCACCAAUAAAACGAAUUCUACUAGCUAACGGUCUGGGCGCAUGGGGCGUCCCAGCCGGACGCACUGAGUUCAUCCGUAACAAAUGCCCCGUGGACCGGUGUUCUAUUACCGCUGACGCCAGAGAUGCUGGCACUGCUGAUGCCGUCCUAUUCAAAGACCACCAUACACCGUUCAACGUUAAGCGGCCACUAAACCAGAUUUGGAUUUUAUAUUACUUGGAGUGUCCAUAUCAUACAGCGUCAUUAAGGCCGACGUCUUUGGAUGUAUUCAACUGGACGUCUACUUACCGCCGGGAUUCAGAUUUAGUCGCACCCUACGAAAGGUGGGUCUACCACGAUCCGCUUGUCACUGAGAAAGAACUUGAUAGAAACUAUGCAGCAAAUAAAACCAAGAAGGUUGCAUGGUUCGUGUCGAACUGUCACGCUCGCAACCGGCGACUACAAUUCGCUCGUCAACUGUCCAAGUUCAUUCAAGUGGACAUCUAUGGGGCGUGCGGGUCGCACCACUGUCCACGCACUGACCCCAACUGUCUAGACAUGUUAGAUAAAGACUACAAAUUCUACCUGGCGUUUGAAAACUCCAACUGUCGUGACUAUAUCACUGAGAAAUUCUUCGUUAAUGGAUUACAGCACAACGUGUUACCGAUAGUGAUGGGGGCUCGUGCAUCAGAAUACGCUGCGGCGGCACCGCAUAAUUCUUACGUGCACGUGGAAGAGUUCGCCAAUGCGGAGGAGCUCGCUGCGUAUCUGCAUAGACUAGACGAGAACGACACUCUCUACAACUCUUACUUUAAGUGGAAGGGCACGGGGGAGUUUAUAAACACGUACUUUUUCUGUCGCGUCUGCGCCAUGGUACACGCGAGCGAGCGUAGACAACGCAGCGCACACUAUACGGACGUACAGGCGUGGUGGCGUGACGGCGCGUGUACACGAGCUGAUUGGCGCGCCGCAGAACGAGACACUCGCGACAACGGAUAAGGCACAAACACAACAACGCUUAAUACUUAAUUUUAGGCGGUUACAUCGUUUUUUUGUUGUACCUGUGAAUGAACCGUCCGCAGAGCACGUUACGCGUGACAACGAAGUGAUCUCAACGCGACCUCCUAAAUCGAAAUUUUGCAAUACUUGUAAUCAAGCUGUUACGAGUCGAUUUUGAAAGAAUCGAAAAUAUUCGUUUUCAUAUAAGCUCUUUUUACCAUUAUCUCACGCGGUACUACGUAAUUAAUAUAUAUUUACAAGUAUAAGAUUUGAAACAAUGCACAAAUUAUACCUACCUACCCGAUUUAACACCUUUAAAUGACAUAUACACGAACUGAUAUGAAAAGUAACGCACAUAUGACUGAUUUACUACUCCUCUAAAAUAGAGGUCGUGUAUU